CCGAAGGCAUUAACAAGAAAACAGACGCAACCUUUUGCAGAACAGCUGAGUGACACCCACCUCACCAACCUAAACGAGCUGUACAAGGCCAUAUAUAAUGAUCACAAACAUGGAGAUGUUGUGUACUCUCUAAAUGAAGAGGUCUUGGAUGUCUAUGACCAGUUCGAUGAGCAAAUUUGCACCAAAUUGAACAACCAAUGGCAAAAUGGUCAGUUUCUGCAAAUGAAAACUGCAGCUUCAGAGGGCGGAAAAGAGAGACGCCUGGUCCUAAGACUGGCUGUGACGCUGUUUGUUGUGUACAGCUAUAUCUGCCGACCACUAUUUUACUUUUAUGGGCCAGUGCCCUGAAUCAUCCCCAAGCAGUAUAUGGAAUAUGCAAUUAAAUUGAUGACCUACUUUCAGCAACAGCACAAAGAAAUAGACAAGGUAGGAAUAAUGUCAUUUAUUUUGUUUUUCUGCCCAUAUCUUUUCAUUUCAUACUCCUCUCGACUGGGACUGGGGGCUGACUUGAUUUCAGGUCAGUUUUCCAGUAAAACCACUCUGAAUGAAACCUAAUUUCUUCAGUUUCCUGACCCUAAUCACUAAACGCCAGCAGGAUAGUCCAUUUUGGGAUAGUCUAUAAGGGUAGUCCAUGGGGAUAUUGCAUGGACUGGGGAGCAGAGUUUUUUGCACCACCUUUGAACAUGAUCCCUAGCUACUUCCAUAUAAAAUGUAAGAAAACUCGAACCCAAAAAGUUUCCUACUUAUUGCACAUAUCUGGCAAAUAGAGAUUUUGGUGAAAAGCCUGACAAAAUGAUAAUAUGAAUCAUGUUCAUUAGCCCACCAUGGUUUCUUGUUCUGAUAAAAAAUGUAUAUAUAUAUAUAUAUGUAUGUUUCCAUUAAGAGCAUCAUUAUGUUUUUCUUCAGAUCAUGUUGGGUGAGGAGGUGGAGAGUCAAGAUAGCCUGAUAGACAAGAUUGUCAGUUUUCCAGGACCAGUCUGUACAGUCUCCAAUCUCAGGGCAUGUGCCUCCUCUGAAACGAGAGUGGAAUGGUCUCCAGCUGUUGUGAAAGACGCUAUGUCAGACUUGGCCAGAGCUGGAAUUGGAGAGACAGUCACCUUGGAAAGGACUGUUGAUUUUGUCAAAAACCCACCUGACCAUGUAACUGACACUGCCCUUUCUCAAAAUACUACUCUCAGCAAAGAGCAGCACAAGGAGUGGUUCCUUUUCCAGGAUAUGAACCUCUCCAAUAGUAAAAAGGAUGGUCUGAUCGCCAAAGCAAGACUAUCAAGGGAGAUUCAGGGUUACCUGACUCAAAACAAGGAAAAUUAG